AUGACUCAAACUUUUGGUGCGGCACUGGUAGCCGCAUGUACAUCCAUCCCGGCUCCAGGCGACUCCGACUCACCUGACUUGCCUCCGGCCAAUACAAAGGGCCAAGCGCGUUUCGCCCAUUCCAUUCAACAUCCACAUCUUCUUUCCAUCCACCACAUAACACAUCCGCGUCCAGCAUCCAACAUCCCGACAGCAAUCUUGGGCAUCUUCGUCCUUCCAUCACCACCAUCCGCCUGCACAGUUUCUACCUCUCCUGGCUUCUCCUGUUUCCUCGUAUAG